AUGUCGAGAUCAAUAGCUAAUAUACAGUACCUUGAGGCUAAGAACCUGGCUCACUGGAUGAAGUCUGCGGAUGCGCCGCUGUUUCAAGUAAUCGAUGUGCGGGGCAGUGACUAUGUCGGGGGGCAUAUAAAGGGGUGCUGGAACUACCCGUACAGGAGGUUGAAGGUCGAUGAUGGAUACAUGGAAGAGAUGUACAAAGCGCUAAACAAGAAGCUUGAGGACACUGGCUCAGAUCGUUCACUCAACGCGAUUUUCCACUGUGCACAAUCACAACAGCGUGGACCUGCCGCAGCAAUGAAGCUGCUACGGUUCCUGCCAGACGACAAACUCAGCAAUUUCAAGAUAUGGGUAUUAAGAGGUGGAUUCAACCAUUGGCAAGACCAAUACGGUGAAGAUCAGGAACUUACUGAGGACUAUGAGCCGGACAUUUGGUCUUGGUGA